AUGCGCUCGUUCUCAUCAGCGGCGGGCAUCGCGGCCCUCGUGUUCGGUUUGGUUGGUGUGUGCUCAGCAACAUCGGGUGUUGACACGAGUGUUCCUGGGUGGGAUAGAGCGCUGCGACAGGAAGGAUGGACGUGUCUCACGCCACCCCGCCGCACCCAGCCCGGCAGAAGUGUAUCUUUCAGCAACACCGUCUGCCCCGGCCAGAUCAACACCUGUGAGGCCCUGUGCAAGUCAAGAGGAGGCGUCUUCGAAGGCGAGAACGCCUGCGUGUCCAACAACGGCGGCAUCGACAACCCCUUCAACUCCAACACCUACUGCUUCAUCUGCAACUGCGAGGACGGCGCCCUCCCCGAUCUCGAGACCUACUACGAUACAGUUCCCCGCUACCACUGUGAGAUCCGGAGCCAGAACUGCUUCUACGGCUACAACCAAGGUGGACAGUUGCCGCCUGACGGGGCUUGCCGUUGUCCUGAGGCCGAGUAUGCGGUUCCCCCUUCUUGGUACAGCUUGCUGCCGAAGACGACAACUACCUCGACUGUGAUCCCGCCUUCGUCAACCUCUGUUCCAGUGCCCCAGACGUCGACCUCGGCCGCCGAGACAUCAUCAACCAGUGAACCUGUCACUGUUACUGAUACAGUGAUCCCGAACACGAGCACCGGGUUGACAACCAUCGAGACAAUCACCACGGCCCCCACUUCUGAGUCGACUUCGGUGGUGAUUGAGACGACUACUUCCAUCUUCUCCAACGGGACUGCGCCCGUGCCAACCCAGAAGCCAAUCCCUACUGGAGGAUCUACUAGACCAGUGGUCGGCGUGGUUGGCGCCAUGGUGGCCGCCUUGCUGGCGAUGUAAUGCACAUUGCAAACCGCAUGGAUAAGUCUCUGGGAAGCGUGUACAGCACAGGACUUGGACAUAGUUCAUAGACCUUUAUUGUAGGCCGAAUAUAAUAGAUAAUACAUAUGCAAAGACUGUUAGCUAGUUCUCCGG